AUGGACGCAGUAAAAGCUCUAUCCUCUCUUCAAUUUGAAGUAAAGAUUGUGAGUGCUAAAAACAUCCAAGUUAGGGACUCCAAAGGCUACUUGUUCGUUAGAUGCUACCUUUCGGCUGGAAAUAACAAAAGGGUGCGUCUGGAGAGCCGAGAUAUAUCUACAAGUGGAGGCUACUUCUCUUGGAACGAGUCAUUCUCGUUGGAUUGCUUAGGGACAAAGCAAUCGAUGGAUAUGAUCAUUCAAGGAACUGUAGUUUUCGAACUUCGUUGUAGAAGUACAGUUCCAUUGAUCCGGAUGAUCAUUGGUGGCGAUGAAAACAUUGGUUGUUGGUCGUCACAACUGUUGGGAAGAGCUGAGGUGCCAUGGAGAGAGAUUUUUGAGUCAUCAAAGAUGGAAUCAGAGAGAUGGAUAGUGAUGAGAUCAAAGAAAAUUGUCACUAAAUCACCUUCUGUUUGUGUAACUUUGAAGAUUCAAGUCCCUCCGGUGGUUGUAAUGAAAGAAAGGAACACAAAAGAUGGUGGCAAGUUCAAGAAUAAGUGGGAUGAAAGCUGUGGGUGCUCCCACGGUCAUUGCUGUCAAAAUUUGUGUGUAGAUAGCGAGAUGGUUGCAAUGGGACUUGCCCUGGAUGCUUUCUAG